UUUUGAGACGACAAUCCACCAGGUUGAUUAUCUGACGCCCAUGCAGAAGCACCAAUAUUUGGUGGGCGUACUUCAGGGAGAAGCGCGACAGGUAAUAGAAGGGUUCUCUAUUACAGAUAACAGUUACAAGAGUGCGUGGCAGUUGCUGAAGGACACGUACGACAAUCAGAUGAUGAUCCUCGAAACGCACUUGGACGAGAUGCUCGAUUUCCCGAUUAUAACAAAGGAAAAUAAGGCAGAUUCCAUUCGGAAGUUUGUAUGGCACAUUCACACGCACAUAAAGGCACUGGAGAAGCUACACCAGCCGACAUCGCAAUGGGAUACACUCAUCAUUCAUAUGGCGAAGAAAAAUUUGGAUUUUGCAGAACAACGCGAUUGGCAACAUCUUAUUAGAAGAAAAACACCGCAGGAUAUGCCGAUACUUGAAGAAUUUCUGAAAUUCUUAACGGAGCGAUGCCACAGUCUGCGGAUGCUCAAGCAAAACAAAGAGAGGGUAACGAAUACAAAGACACCAGUAGUAAAGAAGGAAGGACGAAAGGUCAGUCUUACAACUACUUCAGGGAAUUGUAAUAUUUAUGAGGGCAAUCACGCUGCUUACAAGUGCGAAGAAUUGCUCAAGGCAUCGGUUCAAGACAGACUGACGAUGAUCAAGGACAAGAAGCUCUGUAUCAAUUGUUUAGGAACGGGACACUAUGCAUCAAAUUGCAAGUCAUCGACAUGCCGAAAGUGCUCAAGUAAGCACAACACCAUUUUACAUCGGGAAUCCGAACAUGCAAAAAAGGAAGCUAGUUAUUCUGACACGGAAUCGACAGCUGGUCACAAGGAGAUCUAAAGGGAACAUGAGACUCGAGCCUCAACGAACAGUGCAGCUAAAGCGGCAGUGAAUAUCUGCCACGUAAAGAUGGAAGCAACGGGGGUCAUUUGGCCUACCGCAAAAGUUUACAUCGUGGAUGACCAUGGAAACCGACAUCUCGGAAGAGCAUUGCUGGAUUCAGGUUCGCAAUCGAAUGUAAUACUGAAGACUUCGUACGAAGAUAAAGGGUGUCCCAAAAUUUACGCAAGAUUUGAAUUAAAUAGAAAACACAGGUUUUUUUUCAAUUGUAUUUUUUUUUAUUGAAACAUAAAGUACAUAGGAUAGGGUUAU